AUGGCAGACAUAGCAAAAGCCAGUCGAUUGAUAUCCUGGUUAAAAGACAACGGUGGUCACUUCCAUCCUUCAGCAGACCUCAAAAUAGAUGCCGAUACCGGUUUAUCACCAUUCUCGACAUCUUCAAUAGGUCCAGAUGAGAGACUCGUAUCAUGUCCAUUCGACUUAGCAAUCACAUCCAAUAUUGCUACUCGAGCUAUAUAUCAAAUCAAGGAUAUCACAGAAAGUGAUUUGGUAUGGCCUGCUGGAACGAGUAAACAAGGAGAAAAAUGGAAUGAGAGAAUGAGGAUAGCAGCUUAUUUAGGAUUACACUGGAUAUAUCAAGAUAAACCUAAUGAAACAUGGCCUACUGCUUUGUCCCAUUUGAUAUACCUCGACUCACUUCCGCAGCCUUCAUCUCUGACGACGCCGUUAUAUUUCUCACCAUGUGAGUUGGAACUGUUGAAGGGAAGUACGUUACAUGGGGCGGUAGAAGCCAGAAAGAAUGAAUGGAAAGCAGAAUGUGAGGUAGUUCGGGGUGCGAUCAGGGAAGACGGAUUGACAUGGGAUAGAUAUCUGGUCAUUUCAACUUACAUGUCAUCACGUUCUUUCCCUUCAAAACUCCUUCGUAUACCUGAACAAGGUGGAUCAACCAGUCAAAUAGCAAAAAAAGAUGACGAAUCGCAACCUGUCUUAUUACCUGGAUUAGAUCUAUUCAACCAUUCUCGAGGUCAACCUAUUGUUUGGCUUUCAUCACUCACACCUACUUCCACCGGUCAGACAACCCCUUCUGUAUCUUUAGUUUCUACCCAGUCUACUCAAUCUGGCUCUCAAUUGUAUAACAAUUACGGACCCAAAUCCAACGAAGAAUUGUUAUUGGGAUAUGGAUUUGUCAUCCCUUCAAAUCCGGAUGAUGUCGUAACGUUAAAAUUAGGAACUUCAGGCUUACCUCCUCACACCCAAACAAGACUUCAAGUCAAAGGAUUGGACGCUGAUCAGACUUUCGAACUGAGAAGAGAUGGAGAGAUGGACAAGAGCCUUUUGGAAGUAGUCAGAAUCAUGUUGAAUGAUAAUGAACACGACCACGAUCACGAUCACGAUAAAGGGAUUGACGAAGAUGACGAUCAUGCUCAACAUCAACAUGAAGAAAAAGAAAUGCAAUUGGAACUAGACGUAUUAGGGAUGUUAGGUGGUAUGCUAGAUGAUAAACUAGAAAAACUACAGACAUCUUCCGAAGAAGACGAAAACAGCGAUAUAAGAGAAGAAGUGAGGAGGAUGUGCGAUAUUUAUAAGCAAGGCCAAAUUGAUAUCCUCAAUUCAGCGAUGGAUAAAUUAUCGGAACGAAUAGAACGUAUAGAAGGUUUACUCGAUGAGGGUAUGGGUGGAUGUCCUUGCGGAUGUUAG